CCACACACACACACACCAACAGCGGUCCGGGGGGAGAGCAGCAAUGCAGCCCAACCUGAGGAAGAGACAUCAGUCGCCUCUGCAAACCCCCUUCUCCCGGGUCAGGAGUGCCGGGGGAGACUAUGAGAGAUCGGGGAGAAAGACGGAGUUUCACCGGGAUCUGUGGUUCUUCUUCACCGUCCAGAACUGGGUCCUGGACUUCGGGCGUCCCAUCGCCAUGAUCGCUCUUCCUCUCGAGUGGUUUCCUCUGAACAAGCCCAGUGUUGGCGACUACUUUCACAUGGCUUACAACAUCAUCACCCCCUUCUUGCUGCUGAAGCUGAUUGAACGUUCCUCCAAAACACUGCCCAGCUCAGCUGUCUACCUCUCGAUCAUCACCUUUGUGAUGGGAGCCAGCAUUCACCUGGUGGGAGACUCCAUCAACCACCGGCUGAUUCUCAGCGGUUACCAGCUGCACCUGUCUGUGCGGGAGAAUCCCAUCAUCAGGGACCUGAAGCCACAGACCCUGAUCGACUCCUUUGAGCUUCUCUAUUACUAUGACGAGACUUUGGGUCACUUGAUGUGGUACAUCCCCUUCUUCAUCAUUAUCUAUCUGUAUUUCACCGGCUGCUUCACGGCCAGGAAGGAGGACAGCAAGAUGCCUCUGUCAGGAUGGCUGCUGGUUGGGCCUAGCGGACUCUACUAUUGGUACCUGGUGACAGAAGGUCAGAUUUUCAUCCUCUACAUCUUCACCACAUUCGCUAUGAUGGCCACUGUGAUGCACCAGAAACGCAAGGGUCUGUUCCUGGACUGCAACGGCCUCUUCCUCUCCUACUCCUUCUACAUCACCCUGGCUCUGGUGGCUGGCUGGGUGGGCUUCCUCUGGAACGACAAGGUUCUGCGCAAAAAGUAUCCUGGGGUCAUGUACGUGCCAGAACCCUGGGCUUAUUACACCCUCCACAUCAAACCACACUGACUGGCACCUCUCUCACCCCUCCACCCGCAUCACCACUCACCCCCUCGCCCUGACUGACUGACACCCCUCAGCCUCCACAUCAAUAGAUAGAAUAGAUUUAUCAUUACUUUUUUUUAAAAAAAAACGUAAAACAACUCUUCUGCUUAACCUGGAGAUAGCACCAGCGGGGUAUCAGAGAGAGGGUUUGGGGGCUCAUGUGGAGUAUAAAUACUGGCAAGGACUACUUGAGCCAAACGGGCUGUUUCCAUGGCUGUAGCGUGUUGUGUAGUUGUAUGUAAUGUGGGAGGAUCUCGCGUUAAGUCCGCGUUAAACCUUAAGAGAUUUAACCGUGAGUUUAGAGGGAGGAAACCCCACAUUCCAAGCUGAGGCCGGGUAGGGGUGGGGUGGGGGGAUGGAGGUCGGAGGUGGGGGGUAUGUGGGAUUCUCUGCCUGCCCCACCCGCCAGUGUGAGGCACAACCCAUCACUUCCUUUCCCGUCAUUUUGGCCAGGGUGUGAAACGGUUGUCUCCUCGUGAGCUGAUGGAACAUUCCAUUCCUACAUCUUAUUACAGUCAUUUUCAUUGUUUGGGUGGGGGGGGUUGGGGGGGGGCAGGACUUUGAUAACAAUCGUUACUCUCCGCCACAGGAGGAAAGUUACACGUAGACAUUUACACCAGACCUUUACAGAACCCCUUCCCCCCUCUCAAAGAGGAGCCGCUGUGUGCACCCACAGCCACGGUCUUGUGACAGAAUGUUCUUACCUACAGUUCGUAGUCUGACGUCAAACUGUUUAGUUUUUCCUGUUAAAUUAAAGCAGAAUUUCUUUA